UUUGGUUGCAUCGCGGCUUUGGCGCAUUUUCGGCUGGUUUGAUUCAUCCAUUUUGAAGAGACGGGGGAGCGGGGGGCUCGUCAGAUCCUGGGACCUGAAACAAGCAGCCGCGGACUCUGAGAAGCAAGCAGCUCGGGGCUCGGCAGCAGCGGCCCCGCCGGCCGGAGCGGGGGGGUGGGGCGCCGAGUGCGCGGGGAGGGGGGUCCUGGUCCUCGGCUCCUCGACUUGGUCGCGCCUCGAUAGCGAACAUGUCUCGGCCUGUCAGAAAUAGGAAGGUCGUUGACUACUCACAGUUUCAGGAAUCAGAUGAUGCAGAUGAAGAUUAUGGAAGAGAUUCAGGCCCUCCUGCUAAGAAGAUUCGGUCAUCUCCCCGAGAUGCUAAAAAUAAGAGGCGAUCUGGAAAAAAUUCACAGGAAGACAGUGAAGACUCAGAAGAAAAAGAUAUGAAGACCAAGAAGGAUGAUUCUCACUCAGCAGAAGACAGUGAAGAUGAAAAAGAUGAUCAUAAAAAUGUACGCCAGCAACGGCAGGCAGCAUCUAAAGCAGCUUCUAAGCAGAGAGAGAUGCUCUUGGAAGAUGUUGGCAGUGAGGAAGAGCCAGAAGAAGAUGAUGAGGCGCCAUUCCAGGAGAAAGAUUCUGGCAGCGAUGAAGAUUUCCUAAUGGAAGACGACGAUGAUAGUGAUUAUGGCAGUUCAAAAAAGAAAAACAAAAAGAUGGUUAAGAAGUCCAAACCUGAGAGAAAAGAAAAGAAAAUGCCCAAACCCAGACUAAAGGCUACAGUGACACCGAGUCCAGUGAAAGGCAAAGGGAAAGUGGGUCGCCCCACAGCAUCAAAGACAUCGAAGGAGAAAACUCCUUCUCCCAAAGAAGAGGAUGAGGAAGCAGAAAGCCCUCCAGAAAAGAAGACGUCUGCGAGCCCCCCACUCGAGAAGUCUGGGGACGAAGGCUCUGAAGAUGAAGCCGCUUCCGGGGAAGAUUAAAAGUGAUAUUUGGGGAGAGGUUUUAUUAGAAACAGAAAAGGAAACCUCUGUAGGACACGGUUUGGGCUGUGGCUCGACUCCUGGGCUUUCAGUGCUAUUUCAUUUGUCUAGAAUAAUGUUUUCCUCUCUAUCAUCUAUCUCUUCUCUCUCAAACCCAUUGUAUGCUUACGUGUUUAAGUUGCCAUUUUGUCUCAGUCUUUUCUUUGCCAAUCCCCUCCCCCUACAAAAGCCAUGUCAAUUAAUCACUGGAUUGUGUUUUUAAUGGAGGGAAGGAAUGCCAUGGCUGCAAAGCAAUAAGAUUUGAGGUGGAUGCUAUGGAAACUGCUUUUUGCUAAAGAACAGCAUCUUAAACAAUAAUCAAAAACAAAAAACUAAAAAGGUUUUAAUUAAAUAAUUGUUCUUUCUUUUCCUGUACUUUUGACAGACAAGUUGUUAUUUAACAUGAGCUUAUAUGUUUAAACUGUAAAUGUCAAAAAGAAUCAUGACUCUUAAAUUUGUACUAGUGACACGGCAGUCGGGAGGCGAACAUGAAUUCUGGAUUGUUAACUCAGUACUCAGAUUAUUUCCUUGGGUGUGGAGGGAAUGGUGUUCCUGGAACUUAGUAUAUUUGUUAUUCUCAAAGAGAUUCAGAGCCAUUGGUUCUUUUGUCUUCAUAAUGAUUUUUUUUUUAAGUGGGCCACCAGAAUCAGUCUUAAUUUCAUAUUUCUUUCAUGUUUUCAUUGAUUCAAGUUUUAAAAAUACAUCCUGUUUUAGGGUAAAGUUUUUACCAAUGAUCAAUAAUUAAAAAGAGAUUUCUUUGAAUUUCAAUGACAAGAUGAGUCUACACCUCACAGUGCAUUUUUUCGCAGGCUGAUGAUGUUAAAAGUUUUAAGCAAAUAAAGUUGGAGUUAGUGUGAAGCUCAGAUACAAAAGAUUGAGAUUUAUCCUUUAUGAAUACAAAUAAUUGAAAUGAGGACCCAUGAAGCAUACUAUUUUUAUUUGGGGAUAGAAACAGUUGUUUCCUUUUGAUAUUUAAAUCUUUCCUUCAUAGUAACAGGAUAAUGACAUAGCCUCACACCUUCCUCCUCCUUCUGCUUCCAUACUGUGGGCUUGUUUGCAUCUUAGUUGGUCUGGCCCCUCCCUUCUAUUCAUGUUUCUUUUUAAAGCAAGAGCCUGAGCCCCAAUGGGAUGAGCAAACUGUAUUUUAGGGUACCUAUGUGCCAUUGAUAACAGUCUAGAUACCUUAGCAAAGCAUCAAGGACAGAUCAUCUAUAGGUUUUAUCCUCCACAUUCAGGUCUCAUUCGCCAGUAGACCAGAUGCAAAGAUUAGGGGUCCUAUUAUGCUACUAAAUUAAAGAUUUAGUGGAGUAAUUUCUGUAUAUUUUUCUGCACUUAAGCUAAAUUUGCUUCCUCAGUAUUCUGCUUUUGUGUUUUUUAAGUGACAUGUUUGUCUCAGACAAUGUCAUUUUCUUAAUAGGUGUUCGUAGGACAAAGGGUUAUUUAAGAAAUAUUUUUACUCUGGUUUUUAAGACACUUUAAAGAACAUUCUUAGAUCUGCUUUAAAAUAAAUAAAUGAAUAAAUAAAACACCUAGUGGCAGAGAGUUAUUUCAACCCUGCACUGCUAAUGAUAGAGUUUUAACAUGGCCAAAAAUAGAAACUUGAACAUAAGCAGUUGGAUUGCUGCGGUCUGUAGUGGGAUGCAGCACUGUGAUCUGUGUCGUGGAUAUGACAGAGGAUUCUGUCUGCUGUGGUGGGCGUGCUUGCUCAGGAACCCGUCCUUGAGGAAAGAAGAGACUCCCAUUUCCACCAGGCAUCUCUCCCUUUUAGGGGUUUAUAACUCAGUCUUACAUUCCUAGUGACAUUUGGGCUUUUUUUAGGUUAUGUUUCAUGAAAAUUUGUGGGUAGGGUCUCUUUCAACUUAAGCCUCAAUUUUUUUAACAGUGUCUUUAAUAAUCUGCACUAGCAUCUCUGAUUUUAUCUACCUAUUGAGAAAUAAUACUAUCUUUUAGGUUACUUGUGUAAAAGGUGUGUCUGAUUGGACUUGUUUAGAAUCCCUUUUAAAACCAACUCAUUAGAUUGAAGAUAUAUUUUCUAAUUCUCAAGUGAUCACACGGGCUCUAAGUGACCUUUAUUUUCACUUUUUUUAGUGGUUUAUAACACUCUGGUCUUCCUUCAAAUCCCAUGCAUGCAAACAGGAAGACAUUUAAUGUGACUCAACUGGAAACAGGUGCUCAGCAGUUAGGUGUAAUGAUGGCACGAGGGUGUGUUCAUAAUGCCUGGCCCUUGGCACCUCCAUGCCUUCCUCUCCCUUUUCUUUCCUUUUCUUUCGAGUGUGCCUACAGUGAAGCGGCAGUGUAUUCACUGUCUUGAUUUGCAGUGCUCGGGAAUGGGAUGUUCAUUAGAAGGUGCUUGUCUGUUGGAAGCUCGGCUAGAUUUACCUCUUUAAUAGAUGUAGCAGUUCAGCUAACACUACAUUCUAGUUCUCCAGGCCCUGGGUAAAGCCUUUGUCUCCCCCUGUCAGAAAUGGUAGCCUCCAUGUUGCCCAGUGGCGACUUACUGCUGCUUUUAACCCUCCACCGCUGAUGGGGUUUGGGAGAGAGGACCCAAAGGGUCUAUUUAAAGAUCUGCUGAAACACAUAACUGCUUUCAGUACCUCCCUCUCCAUAUCCACCUUACAAAGGGAAAGUUGUGGGAUGAGUGCUUCUUUUUCUAGGGUAGUGAGAGUCCUUAGACCUUACUGGAAACCCCAGUAUUUUGAGUGCCCCAGGCUGGCCUUCAACUUGAUACUUGACUGAUCUUAAACUCAUGGCUUUUGUUUUCAAAAUAACUGAUUUUUUUUCCCUGUCUUCAAGGCUUAUAUAUGGUACUAGUUCAGAUAGCAUUUUCUUCCACAUAGAAAUCAGUGGAAUUUGAGGUUAUGAUCUAGAAGGACUUUUGAUGAAUAUACUCAGCUGAUCUUGACCUUUUUUUGAGGCCUGGCUUCACUUUGUGGUCUUUCUGAAAGUCUUUUUUCUCCCACCCCUCACUCACACACUGCUGGGAUUAAUGUCACCAUGAUAGGUGACACUUUUUUAAAUGGACUUUUCUUAUUUUUAUGUCCAGGAACAUGUAGGUGGCAGGUUAGAGAGGGAAAUAGUGUAAACAAAACUCAGGUUUAGGGGCCCCUGCCAGACCAGACUUGAAUAGAAGAAAACAAAGCUUUGUUGCUGCUGUGAAUCAGUGCCUGCUUGGACAGUUCUCUUUACCAGUAGCCCCAGAAGCUACACAAGAAACAGUCCCACCUGUGACUGGGUAGGAAGAAAUGCAGGCUCAGCACUUCACAGUGUGCAGAUGGAGGUCAGGAACAAGCCAAAGGGGAGGGGAAGUUAAAGUCACUGGUCGCUCUUAGGGUAAAAUAUUGUCAUUUUCUCUCUGGAGGAAGCUGCUGAGUUACUUGAAGAUGGGGAAGGUGUUUUGUUUUUGUAUUGCGAUGUCAAACUGUCAAUAGCCAUGUUGCUAUUUGAACCUCCUUUUCCCUUUGUCUUAGAAAAGAAAAUACAUGAUUCUGAAUUCUGAAUAUCAAAUCCAUAGAUUAUACUUUUGUUCAAAGCCUAAUUCACAGUGGUGUGAUUGUGUUAACCACUAGGAGGAUCCCAUAUGCCUACCUGUUGCCAUGCCAAUGCAGAAUGACCUGGUGACAUCUGAGCAUGCUCUGUGACAGUAGAGCAUCACAGUUGGGUGGAUACUUUGUAUAUUGGGAGAGGGGGGUUUUCUAGAUCAUGGGAGAGGGUAAAUUGAUUUGGGGGGGGUGUUGUUUUUGUUUAAUUGGUUGGUUUGGGGUUUUUUUUGGUUGGAUUUUGCUUUUUAUGGAGGGUUGGGAAGUAUAGUACUCAGUUAUGCCCUAAAAAUAACAUGUAUAAAACCCUGAAGUGUGAUGUGGGUAUGUGUGAAUGUGUGUUUGUAAAUGUCUGGCAAUUAAACCUUUGUCUUUCUGGAAGUUAGUGAAUUUAUUUCCUUUUCCUCUGGAAGUAUUUGUUACAAGAUUUGUAAAUAAGAGCUCUACAUAGUCCGUGUACCAUGAACAUAUUGCAGCAAACCUUUCAUGCUUCAUUCCUGCAAGGCAUAAGACUUUGCCAGGUUGCCCAGCUACCACAAUCAGUUUGUCUUCAUUCACCUUUUAGACUUAAUUUGCCAGUUCUAAAAAUUCCCAGUCUUCCUCCAUUUUAGUCUUCAAUCUUUCAUGUUCUGAGCAGAAAGGGUCAGGAAGCUAGCCUAAACUGUCUUAGGCCAUGGCUAAAAGCCUGGCAUCCUUUUCUUCAUACUGCAGUGUGGCUUGAUACAUGGUUAGACAACAGAGGGUUGGGCAUUCUUGCAAUACCUUAGCAGUGCUGAAAUCUGCAGCAUGGUACUAAGGAAGCUAAAGUUUGAAUGUAACCACUUUAUUUAAAGGUUUUUUUCUUUAAUUUAAAUGAAACUGAGUUGAAAUGAACAUGCUUUUGUUGACCACGUUCAUGAAUUAUAGAUGCAAUGUGCAUUGGUAGACUCAUAUGAUGGUCUGAUGUGAUACUUCAUUUCCUACAUUUACAUAUCCUGGUAUGUACGCAUUUGCAUAAACAACAGCAACAACAAACUCCUGCCUUGUUCCGAUUGAAGGAUUUCCAGGACUGCUAUCUGCUCCUGAACUUUGUUUUAAGUAUGUGUAUCCUUUGCUUGUAUUUUGUAUUAAGAAAUAAGGAAAAGAACCCUUUAUUGUUGCGCA